GCGGGCGUCUGCCUUCCUUCAUCUGCCUUCUCUCUCCUCACAUUCUCCUGCGGUUUUUCCUCCGUUAUCUCUCAGCUCACCCACACCUAGCCUCCGAGUUUUGUUGCCCGCCGCCCCGCGCUGCUCUGCAGUAUUGUGUCUUCGCGCUUUCAUCCUCUGUUUGCCUCAGUUUCCCUUGAGGAAGCAGGCACAGGAGUCUCUGCAGAAUGGCAACUGCUCAGAAGCAAAGGAGUUCUGUGAGUGCAGUUGUAUUUCCCAAGAAAAUAGCCACGGAGCAGCAAUCCCUGAUGCUGGUGAAGAGGCUCCUGGCAGUGGCAGUGUCCUGCAUCACGUACCUGAGGGGAAUCUUCCCUGAAAGUGCCUAUGGAACCAGAUACAUGGAUGAUGUCUGUGUCAAAAUUCUGCGGGAAGACAAAAACUGUCCUGGCUCUACCCAGCUGGUGAAAUGGAUGUUAGGAUGCUAUGAUGCCUUGCAGAAGAAAUACCUGAGACAGAUUGUCCUAGCAGUCUAUACCCAGACAGAAGAUCCUCAGACAGUCACAGAGUGUUACCACUUCAAGUUCAAGUACACCCACAAUGGGCCACUCCUGGAUUUUGGCAGCAAGGACAAGUCAGACUCCACCAUCACCUGUGCAGACACCAAGAAGGCCAGCAUCCUCCUCAUCCGCAAGAUCUACAUCCUGAUGCAGAACCUGAGCCCCCUGCCCAACGAUGUCUGCCUCACCAUGAAACUCCUGUACUAUGAUGAGGUUACACCCCCUGAUUACCAACCUCCAGGGUUCAAGGAGGCCAAGGACGAGGGGCUGCUCUUUAAGGAGGAGCCCAUGUACCUGAACGUGGGGGAAGUGCCAACACCUUUUCAUCUGCUGAAACUGAAAAUUACAACUGAGAAACAGCGCAUGGAGAAUGUUGAUAAGAGCAUCCUAAAGCAGAGAGAGACUGCUGAGCCUCUCCAGGUGUGUGGAGUGAGCAGAGAUGACCCAGAAGAAGAGAGCCAGGACAUGAAUGAGGAUCCUGUCUUGGAUAAUGAAGUGGAAGAUAAGAAUCAUGUGAAUAUUUCAGAAGCUCCAGAAAAGAAUUCAACUCAUGAAGAGGAAGCUGGAUGGAUCCAGACUCCCCCCCAUGUUUCCAAUCCUCAGGUUGAUCAUUUGACCCGUAAAACGUCUGAGCUGAUUGUGUCAGAGAGCAGGACAAGAAGUGGAAAGAUAUUCCAAAGCUGCAUUGUGCACCAGGCUGAGCUCUCCUCCAGCCAGGAGGUGCUGCCCAAAAGGAGGAAGCUCAGCGAGCCCAAGGAGCAGUUUUAGCUGCCCAAAAGGAGGAAGCUCAGCGAGCCCAAGGAGCAGUUUUAGCUGCCCAAAAGGAGGAAGCUCAGUGAGCCCAAGGAGCCGAUUUAGUUGCCCAAAAGGAGGAAGCUCAGCAAGCCCAAUGAGCCGUUUUAGUUGCCCAAAAGGAGGAAGCUCAGCGAGCCCAAGGAGCCGUUUUAGUUGCCCAUCUCCCGCUGUCCCAAGUUCUCCACUCCUGUUUGGUUGUUCCACGAGACUGUUGGGUUUGAAGGAUCUGUUCUGCUCCAUUAGCAGUCCCAUGGCAGUGUGUUUUUAAGGAAGGAAAAUGUCCGAAAGCCCAGCUGAAGGAUUCCAAACUCAUUUUGUACAGGACCAUCAGGCAGGAUCAGAAAUCCUUGGAUUUGGGGGUUUGUGGGUUGGCUCCAGGUCCUGAUGGUGCUGGAGGAAAUUCAUCCCCCCAGCACAAGCUUUCACCAGUGCCUCUGGGCUCUAGUUCUGAGCUGAGGACCUGCCUGCCCCAAAACCUCUGCAGUUUUGGCAUGAUUUCCAGAGGGUUGGGCUGUCAGUUACAGGCUGUUACAGUUUUGAGGUUACAGAUUUUGCUUUUCCUACUGGGACAGUUGGAGGAAGAGUUGAAUGCUUUGCAUUUCUUCCAGACCAGAAGCACCAUCCUCAGGUGAAGAACAAGCCCUCUUCACACCUUAAAUUCCAGACUCCCUGCCAGACGCCGCAGGGAUUUCGGCAUCCAUGCCACGAGGAGCCACGGCAGCGUCUGUUCCAAGGUGUGGGAGCGCUGGGGGCACUGGCUGUCCCUAGAAGGGUUUAUGGCGGGGGUGGGACGCGGGGCCGAGCCCUCCUGCACCCCAAACCGUUCAUUGGUAGGGGAUGGGAGUGGAGCCGUUCCCGCCGGCGCGGCCGGGGACAGCUGAACGUGUCUUGACGGUUUUGACUUUUAAAUUAACAAUGUCCGUUCAUCAUCA